UUGGAAAAGAAAUUUCUCUAUACUGGCAGAAACGUUGAUUCAACACACAGGAAAUGAGGAAGUAAUGACGACGGUGUAGUCAUUAUAGUAGUGGUGACCUUUUGUGUCCUCAAACGUCAGUCCAUCACAAGCUAUUGGCCAGUAAAGAGCAACUUUAAAAAGUUUUACAUUUUCCUUCAAAUUCCCACUGACAACUUAACUAUAAUAAGCCUGCCAAAAUGGUGUGGAUAACCAACGACGAUCAGAUGACUGGAAAGCCAGUAGCAACGGGCUUGGUGGCGCAGAGUCACCUGGACCACAUGUGCGCUCUUGAUAUAAGUACACAAACAUCAUUUGUGCGUUUGUCCGGCAUUAUUUGUACAAUUGGUCCGGCCUCGAGGUCUGUGGAAAAAUUGGAGCAAAUGAUCGAGACAGGCAUGAAUAUUGCCCGAAUGAAUUUCUCCCAUGGAUCGCACGAGUAUCAUGCUGAAACAAUUGCCAACGUGAGAGCUGCACAAAAGAAUCUUUCAGCGAAAAAUGGACUUAAUAUUCCAGUGGCCAUUGCUCUCGAUACGAAAGGUCCGGAAAUUCGUACCGGUCUCCUCGAAGGUGGUGGAAGUGCAGAAGUUGAACUGGUGAAGGGACAAGACUUUAAACUUUCCACCGAUAAGGCAUACCUUGAGAAAGGAAGUAACAAAGUAGUUUAUGUCGAUUAUGAUAAUAUCUCGAAGGUGUUAAAACCAGGAAAUCGCGUCUUUGUUGAUGACGGACUAAUUUCCUUGAUUGUUAAAGAAGUCGCUGGUAAUGAUAUUAUAACAUCUGUCGAGAACGGUGGAACACUUGGUUCCCGAAAGGGUGUCAAUCUGCCAGGCGUGCCUGUAGAUUUGCCCGCGGUUUCCGAGAAGGACAAAUCAGAUUUAACAUUCGGCGUUGAGCAAGAGGUGGACAUGAUUUUCGCCUCAUUCAUUCGUAAUGCUGCUGCUCUUGGUGAGAUUCGUGGAAUUCUCGGCGACAAGGGAAAGAAUAUUAAGAUCAUAUCGAAAAUUGAAAAUCAACAGGGAAUGACAAAUCUCGAUGAGAUCAUUGACGCAUCUGACGGCAUUAUGGUGGCUCGCGGUGAUCUUGGAAUUGAAAUUCCCCCAGAGAAGGUCUUCCUCGCUCAGAAGUGUAUGAUCAGCAGGUGUAACAAAGUUGGAAAGCCAGUAAUCUGUGCUACUCAAAUGCUUGAGUCCAUGGUCAAGAAGCCAAGAGCAACUAGAGCCGAGACAUCUGAUGUUGCCAAUGCCAUUCUCGAUGGAGCCGACUGUGUUAUGCUGUCAGGAGAAACAGCGAAGGGAGAAUAUCCAUUGGAAUGCGUUCGAACAAUGGCAAAUAUCUGCAAGGAGGCUGAGGCUGCAAUUUGGCACAAUCAGCUUUGCAGUGAUCUGACGAGCAAAGUUCUUCCUCCAAUCGAUGCAACGCACUCGGCAGCAAUUGCGUCCGUUGAAGCAGCUCACAAAUGUCUAGCAAGUGCCAUUAUUGUCAUCACAACCUCCGGAAGAUCUGCACAUCUUAUUUCCAAGUAUCGACCACGUUGUCCGAUUAUUGCUGUGACUAGGUACCCACAAGUUGCAAGACAGGCACAUCUUUAUCGGGGAAUUUUGCCUCUUCAUUACGCAGAUACUCCUCUGUCUGACUGGCUAAAAGACGUUGAUGCUCGCGUACAAUUUGGUCUUGAGUUCGGAAAGAGUCGAGGCUUUGUACAAACUGGAAAUUCCGUUGUAGUCGUCACUGGAUGGAAACAGGGCUCCGGUUUCACGAAUACUCUCCGCAUUGUGUCUGUUGACUGAAUUUGCACCAUCGAUCCGGGUGUAGAAGACGAAAAGGUUGCGGGUAGUUGAGAAGAAACAAAAUCAGCAGCCGUAUUAAAUGUUUUUAAAGAGUGUAUGUGCAUAUAAUUGUAACGUAAUAGCUAUAAUCUUAUUCAAUUAUUCAAUUCGUUGAUCGCUACUUUUGCUGUUUCGUCUAUCUUAGAUGCAGUAUUAUAAAUUAUUAGAUUUCAAAUUGUAACAACUGCACACAAAGAAACUGAGAAUUAAAAAAUUGUUACCAUUA